CCUGCUCCAUCUUUACAGAUGAGUGAGAUUUAUGGGCCGGUAUUCACGCUGUAUUUCGGCACGGAACCAACUGUGAUCGUCUGGGGUUAUGAUCUUGUGAAGAAGGUUCUCCUCGACAACGGGGACGACUUCCUCGACCGAGGCACCUUGCCAUCCACGGACAAGAUAAGCAAUGGCCUCGGUGUUCUCGUGUCCAAUGGGGAGCGUUGGCUCCAGAUCCGCCGCUUCUCCCUCACAACCUUGAGGAACUUUGGAAUGGGGAAGAAAAGCAUUGAGGAACACAUCCAGGAGGAGGCAGAGUACCUGAUGAAGGCGCUUCGGGCCACCAAGGGUCGGCCCUUCAACCCAACCACCCUUUGCAGCAGCGCUACCUGCAACAUCAUCAGCCACAUCCUCUUUGCAGACCGGUUCGAUUACCAGGAUGAGGACUAUAUCCGGAUGCUGAAGUUACUUACAGAAGCCUUUGUUCUAGACAGCUCCUAUGGAGGGCAGUUAUAUUACCUUAUCCCCAAGCUCAUGGACUUCUUGCCUGGUCCUCAUAAAACUCUCUACAAAAACGUGUCCCACAUAGAGAUCUUUAUAGCCCGGAAGAUAGAGGAACACGAGAAAACCCUGGAUCCCUCAAGUGUUCCUCGGGACUUUGUAGACUCUUUCCUCCUCAAAAUGGAGCAGGAGAAGAACAAUCCCAAGACAGAAUUUACUAGAGAGAACCUCAUGGUGACCAUUGCUGACCUCUUCACGGCUGGAACAGAGACCACCAGCACCACCUUGAGAUACCUCCUCAUGGUCCUGACAGAACACCAAGCUGUCCAAGCAAAAGUCCACGAGGAGAUCGACCGAGUGGUAGGACGAGAACGGACACCUGCCAUGAAGGACCGCCCUGAGAUGCCAUACACAGAAGCUGUCAUCCAUGAAAUCCAAAGAAUUCUGGAUCUUGUUCCCCUGGGUCUUGCCCGCCGGACAAGAAGGGAUGUGGAACUGGAAGGUUUUACCAUCCCAAAGGGCACCACUGUCUACGCGGUCUUGGGCUCUGCCUUGAGGGAUCCCAAGCAAUUCAAAACCCCCUACAACUCUGACCCAGGGCAUUUCCUGGAUGAAAAUAGGAACUUCAAGAAGAACGGAGCGGACAUGCCUUUUUCCGCAGGGAAAAGGAACUGCCUGGGUGAAGGACUGGCUCGGAUGGAACUCUUCCUCUACACCACCACCAUCCUGCAGAGCUUCCACGUCAAGCAUCCUCCGGGGGUCACACACAUUGACCUCACUCCAAAAGUCAGCGGCUUCGGGCAGAUGCCCCAUGAAGCCGAGCUCUGCUUCUCUCCACGCUAAGCAAAGGCACCUCCUCAUCUCUGGAUUCAUAAGCAGAACAUCUCAAGAGCAAUCACUCAAUUUAGAUAGGGAGGGAGAUGCCACCACAUUUGACAAUCAACUAACAUAGCUGUCUCUUUGAUGUGUCUACUGCUGUUGUUUUAAUUACAAACUCCAUCCAUCCAUCCAUCCAUCCAUCCAUCCA